AUGGCAACUGCUGCUCUCAGAGAGAUAGGGAUAUUCGAAGACUUGGAUAGCGUCAUUGCACAAGUUUCUGUGGGAGAGCAGCAACCAAAGGAAGGCCUUGACUCGGAAAGUGAUGAUUAUUUGAAGCUCAAAAAACUGGAAAAUGAGCUGGAUCAUCUGCAAGUUAUGGAGGACUAUGUGAAGCUAGAGACAAGAAAUUUAGAGAAAGAACUUCUUCACGCACAAGAAGAGGUUUGGUACAGUAUCGUCACAAAUUACUACAGAUUUAUGCUAUCAGUCAUUUGUUUUCUGUUCUUUUUUCCUAGAGCAUGCUUGCAGGUGAAGCGAAUACAAUCCGUUCCUCUCGUCAUAGGACAGUUUUUGGAGGCAGUCGAUCAAGAUCACGCAAUA